AUUGGAGGACACGGAUCGGAAUUUACCAAUCAGUAAACAGACUGUCAGUGGGAGGCGGAGCUGAGAGUUUUCCUGAAGUGACCGGCAAACCGGAAGUGGUAUCAGAAGAAGAGCGGAGCGGGUGAUGGAGAGACGGAGAGGCGGAGGGGAAGACAUGGAACCGCAGGUGAACGGGCCGGAGCGCCACUGGAGACGACCCGACCUGCCGAGCCGCUGCACCUGGAGCCUGGGGACACCCCCGGGGCAGAGCCCCCACCCGCACCGGAGCCCGUCUGCGCUCCCGAACAUCCUGCCCAGUGUCCUGAGUAAGGUGGGCAACACUCCGAUGGUACGCCUGAACAAGAUCCCCCAAGCACAUGGACUACAGUGUGAGCUGUUGGUCAAGUGCGAAUUCUUUAAUGCGGGUGGCAGUGUGAAGGACCGAAUUGCCGUGAGAAUGGUGGAGGAUGCAGAGAGAAUGGGGAUUCUCAAACCAGGCGACACCAUCAUCGAACCCACCUCGGGAAAUACAGGAAUCGGUCUGGCUCUGGCAGCUGCAGUGAAAGGCUAUCGCUGUAUCAUCGUGCUGCCUGAGAAGAUGAGCUCAGAGAAGGUGGAUGUACUGCGAGCACUUGGUGCCGAAAUUAUCCGAACACCCACCCAAGCCAGUUUCGAUUCACCAGAAUCACACAUCGGUGUUGCUUGGAGGUUGAAGAAUGAAAUUCCCAACUCGUGUAUCCUGGACCAGUAUCGGAAUCCCAGUAACCCUUUGGUCCAUUAUGAUGAAACUGCGGAGGAGAUCCUUUCGCAGUGUGAUGGGAAGGUGGACAUGCUUGUUGCCGGAGCAGGGACUGGAGGAACCAUCACUGGGAUUGCUCGAAAGCUGAAGGAGAAAUGUCCAAACUGUCAGAUUAUCGGAGUGGAUCCAGAAGGUUCCAUCCUAGCAGAACUUCAGCAUCUGAACCAAACAGUUGUCAGCGCAUAUGAAGUGGAAGGAAUAGGCUACGAUUUUAUCCCUACGGUUCUUGACCGAUUGGUUGUGGACAAGUGGUACAAGAGCAAUGACAAAAGUUCAUUUCAAAUGGCCCGCCAGCUGAUCAGAGAAGAGGGACUACUGUGCGGUGGAAGUUCAGGGAGUGCUGUUUCAGUUGCUGUCCAGGCAGCCCGAAGCCUGAAGAAAGGACAGCGAUGUGUGGUUAUCCUCCCAGACUCCAUCCGCAACUACAUAUCCAAGUUCCUCAGUGAUAAAUGGAUGGUACAAAAGGGAUUCCAACAGAAACUUGCAGAACCUGGCCAGAAGCCCUGGUGGUGGAAAGUUUGUGUUGAGCAGCUGAAAAUUGUGGCGCCUCUGACCGUACCACCAUCUCUGUCCUGUCGAGAAGCCGUGGAGAUUCUGCGUGAGAAAGGAUAUGACCAGGCUCCUGUGGUCACUAAGGCAGGGCAGGUUCUGGGAGUGGUGACUCUCAGUCAUAUGCUCAGCUCCAUCCUGACUGCCAAGGUUCAGCAUGAUGAUCCAGUCAUUGAAGUUCUUACCAAGCACUUUCCACAGGUUACGGGGACUGAUGAGCUGGGAGAGCUGUCCGUGAAACUCGACAGUAACCCCUUCGUCCUGGUCAUGGAUCAUAAAGCUGCGGUGGGUGGCAGAUGCCCAGCCCAGCCUGUGGUCACUGGUGUGGUAACUGCUGCGGACCUGCUGGACUUCAUCACGCGAGAGGGAGUUGUCUGCGCACAGUGAGACGCUGGGACCUCUGCAGCCCACUACGCACAGGUUAUCCAUCCUCCACUGCGGUGCAGUCCCACUGCUGCCUCUUGCUGGAACCCUGCAAUGAGGUGCAGGGCUAGUUUUGUAUGCUGGAAUUCCACCGUGUGAACCUGGACUCGGAUGUGAUCAGUGCUUACUCCUUUCGCGGUCUGUAGCCUUAUCUCCACGGGCUUUAUCCACUCUGUUGUCUGUGGGGCUCCAGUGUUGCCUCACAAUUCACUGGCCAGUGCCAGUACUGAACAACAAUAAUGAAAUGUUAAUUAAUGAUGAUUUCUGUAAGUCUCAUCUCUGAUGUAAUGCAGACGGAUUUAAUAAAGUCGCCCUGAUUGCUAACCGGAGCUGUG